AUGGCCCCUUCUACUCCUACAUCUAACCCUUUCGCCGCCAUGAGGAACUCUGGUGGUAUGGUGUCGUCUGCUCUUUCCUUCGGCGACAGAUCUCGCCAAGUCUCCUCCCUCGGCCUCGGCACCCUUUCUUUGGGGGAGCCGUCUGGCGAUGUCCCGCCUCCUCGCUCCGCUUCUCCUCCCGCCGGUCCUCCCGCUGGUUCUCCCUCUGCUUCUCCUCCUCCUGGUUCUCGCUCUGCUUCCCCUCCUGCCGCCAGCCCUCGCCGCAGGACGCCCGCCUUUCGUCCUGACUUCGAAGGAAAAGGGGGUGAUUAUAGUGAUGAGGAUGAUAGAAUCGUGUCGGAGGGUGAAACCGAGUUAGAGGAACACUCGGAUGAUGAUAUGGUGGCGGUUAGUGUAGAGGACAACAACGUAGAUAGUCCUGAGCCCGCUCCUGCCCCUCCCCCUGCUCAAAUUGUGGGCCAGAAACGGCGCCGUUCCCUCUCCUCUUCUUCUUCUUCCUCUUCUUCUUCUUCCUCUUCUUCUUCUUCCUCUUCUUCUUCUUCCUCUUCUUCUUCCUCUUCCGGGGUUCUCCCCCCCCCCAACGCCAUCGCCGCUGCCGCCGCUGCUGCCGCCGCCCGCUCUGCCGCCGCCAUCGCUCCUGCUGCCGCCGCCGGUCCUGCUCCCGCCGCCGAUGAAGUCCGAGCCUUGGUCGUUGGAUCGCGGUUGGUGUUGACGAAGCGUGUGAUCGUUGCCGACGUGAGAUUAUCACGUAUAAUCGUCCAAAACUGGCCCUGCCUCAAGGCAGUCAGGCCACACAACAAGGCCCUCCGUUGUGCUUCAUGCACGUCUGGCCCCUGCUCCUUCUGUCCCGUUUCCUCUGCCCGGGACAUCCCGCCCCGUCCCUUCGACGCUUCUCCUCUCCCCCCUCCCCAGACUCCAGCGUCUGUCCCCCGUUCGCGGGUACCGUCUUCGUCUCUCCGGUCGGUUCGCCGUACUUCGCCGGACCUCCGCCCGUCGCCUCCGUCGCCGUCGCCCUUCGCUCCUGUGGCCGGCCCAUCACGUCUCCCGGCUGUUCCUCCUUCGUCUUCUCGCCGUCCUUCGGCCUCUGCUCCUUCGGCCUCCCGUCCUUCGGCCUCUCGUCCUUCGGCGCCACGUCCGUCCUCUCCAGUGGUAGCUUCUCCUCCGGCUCACAGCACCCGAAGUCGGCGUCCUUCUGUUCCUCCGGCCUCUUCGGCGGCCCCUCCCGUCACCCCUCCCUCUGCUUCCCAGAAGACACCGAAGUCAUCUAAAGGGAAGGAGGUUGCCUUCAAUGAUGGUGAUGUGGAAAAUGAAGAUACUCAGCGUGCUGGUCCCUCUGCUCCCCGGUUGUCCCUCGUCCACCCUCGUAUCUCCCUGGACGUCCGUAUUCCUGAGGACGAAAAGGAACUCGCCACUUAUCGUUCUCUCGUCCUCGGUCUCACUACUCAGCUUGAGGCCGCCCGAAAUGAUACAUCUCUCCUGCUUGACUUCUCUUCUCGUCAAGCUAACGCUUUAAACAAUCUUACUGCGGCGUUAGUAGAUGUAGUCAACACUGGGGCUCUGGACGACGAAGCAAGGACAAGGUUAGCGGACGUCUCUCGCCGAAGCCUUACUGAGAUAGCCGAUGUUCGCCGAAGACUGUUCGACACCCCCUUCCUAGUCACUCCUAUGGCGUAUGAGCCACCACCGUCCCUUGACUGGUUAGGUCGCCGUAGUAAUUCUCGUGUCCCAGCUUCAGCCCAGACUGCUCUCGACCUCCUCAGUCUUCCCUUCGAGUGUCUACGGACCAUACGUUCUCUGUGGAGGACCCCGAGCAUGCAAGCUGCUCGAGAUGUCCAGGACUUCGGUGACUUCUUUGGGGCUAUGAAUCGGGCAUGGAAUGCUUCUCUCUCUACUGCGUUCCCGUCUGAGACUCUCGAUCUACCUUCGGUCAUCGGUAGCCUCCACACCAAUCCCGCGGGACCGAGUAGAUCGAAGGAGAAAGGAAAAGGAAAAGGUAAGGGUAAGAGUAAGGACAAGUGA